GUAGUGCGGGUCGGCGGACGCUGGAGGCUGGUUCUGCUGCUCAUGGUGUUAGCGGGAGAUUAGCUUCAUGCUGUCUGCGGUCGCCGGUUAGUGAUGAUGGCUCUCCCAUGAGGUGGGGGAGCGGGCUGUGUUUUCUGAUUUAAAGCCAAGUGAAGUGUCGCGGACAUGGCCGGGGUUUUUGACAUCGAUUUGGAUCAACCGGAUGAAAAUGUCUCUGACGACGAACUUGAGGACGGGACCCAGCUCGGUGAAUACAUGGACCAGUGCAGCAGCUUUGAAUUUAACAUGGAUGACUGUGAGAAGUUUGAAAUUUCAGAAAAUAGCGUCAACAAGGGAACAGAGCAGAUCGGGCCUGAAUGCUUUGAGCUGCUGAAAGUUUUGGGGAAAGGUGGUUAUGGAAAGGUCUUUCAGGUUCGGAAAGUGCUGGGUGCUGGCGCUGGGAAGAUUUUUGCUAUGAAAGUUUUGAAGAAGGGAAAGAGAAGGGAUCUUCAUGGAAGACACAGCGUGUUUUUAUCUGGCUGAGAUCUCCAUGGCUCUGGGUCAUCUGCAUCAGAAAGGCAUCAUUUAUAGAGACCUGAAACCUGAGAACAUCAUGCUCAACAAUAACGGCCACGUGAAGCUGACAGACUUCGGUCUGUGCAAAGAGUCCAUUCAUGACGGGACUGUCACCCACACUUUCUGUGGCACCAUUGAAUACAUGGCUCCAGAGAUCUUAAUGAGGAGCGGACAUAAUCGAGCUGUGGACUGGUGGAGUCUGGGAGCACUCAUGUAUGACAUGCUGACAGGAGCACCCCCAUUUACUGGUGAAAACCGAAAGAAGACAAUUGAUAAAAUCUUGAAAUGCAAACUCAACCUUCCACCUUACCUCACACAAGAAGCCAGGAAUCUCCUAAAAAAGCUGCUGAAACGAAGUGCCUCAUUACGACUCGGGGCUGGACCAGGAGACGCUGCCGAGGUCCAGGCCGAACCAUUCUUUCGAUAUAUAAACUGGGACGACCUCCUCGCUCGGAAAGUAGAGCCUCCGUUUAAACCAUUUCUGCAAUCAGCCGACGACGUCAGCCAGUUUGACUCAAAGUUCACCAGCCAGACUCCAGUAGACAGCCCUGAUGACUCCACACUCAGCGAAAGUGCUAAUCAAGUCUUCCUGGGCUUCACGUAUGUGGCCCCGUCUGUGCUGGAAAACCUUAAAGAGAAACUGUCCUUCGAGCCAAAGGUCCGCUCUCCACGCAAGUUCCCUGGAAGCCCCAGAACACCCGUCAGUCCACUGAAGUUUGCAGGAGGGGACUGCUGGCCUCAGGGCCCCUCGCUGACAGACAGCCUGACCCUCCUGGCCCCCGGCAGCUCCAUAGACCAGUCCAUGGAGGUGUCCUUGGUGGAGCAAAUGGACACGAGCAGCAGCUGCACCAUUGAGACGUCGGCUCCCCUCCCCAUCAGGCACCCUGCAGGCAUCCACACGGUGCACUACAAGAAGCAGGCCUACCCUUUGAACUCGAAGCGACCCGAACACCUGCGGAUGAACCUAUGACCCCUGGCUUGUCCGUGAACUUUAGCUCUUUU